AUGUCGGCUGCAAAGCAGAGCGAUGCUGGUGGGGAGGCCAAAGAUGCGGGGCCUUCCCCUGCUGGAGAGGGCACUGGGGUUCCCCGUUCAGGGGCCCCCCGUGGUUCUGCAACCCUUUCUGGGGAGGACCUGUCCACUGCGUACAACUUGGGCCUCCGAAACAACAACGAAUUGACUCAGCAACUCCUUCUCGACCAGGGCUGGUCCCGGGAAAAGAUCGUCGCCGUCUUCAACCGACUAAACGAAGCGCGAGCGGGAGUCAUUCGGAAGAAGGGAGAUAAUGUGUGCUGCGUCGUUCGGCCUGCCAACCUUAUCCCUGCCCUAAAACAACUCGACGCGCUUGACUACAAGGUUUACUGUGCCGUGGAGUUAGCGGGAAACACCGGUGUAUGGACGGCGGACAUUCGGAAGAGCACAGGCCUCCAGACUCACAUUAUCCAGCGAGGGGUCCGCAAUCUGUGCGAGAAUCUGCAGCUUAUCAAGCCUGUGAAGAGUAUUCACGUGAAGAACAGGAAAAUGUAUAUCCUAGCUCACAUGGAACCGGCUAAAGAGCAACUGCGCGAGCGACUGGCGAUGUUUUUGUCCAACGCCCGGUCUUCCACCUUCUCGGCCCUUGUGGCUUUUAUGCGGAGCAGCGGUGAUGUGGGCGGCGGCGCCUUCACGGACGAGGAUAUAUCUCAGUUGGUGGCGACCCUCGAGUGCGAAGACAAAGUAGCCCGAAUACGCACAGGGACGGAAACUACCUUCGUCUGGAAUCAAAGUGAAAACCUGCGUCUGCUCGACAGCGUCCCGUGCAUCGGCUGCCCUCUCGUUGGGGACUGCAGCGCAGAUGGGAGAGUUAACCCGAGAGAAUGCACAUACCUCUCCCACUGGCUUGGGCUUGACGUAGAUGUAGAGGUGGAGGGCGAGGCGGAGGUUGAUACGUAG